GUUGGUUGCGCUUCUCUUACACACACACACACACCCACACACACAACAACAACAACAACAAAAAAUAGUGCCAUCGAAAGAGUGCAGCUCUACCACACUUCGAAGCCGCGUAGGUCUUGGUGCAACGAGGAGACUUGCACGGUCCUUUGCGCAUAUCUGUUUGUCUCGCACUAGCAGCAAUUUCGCAUCCAGCAAACCGUUUUUAUACUCUUUUUUCCUGCACUCAGCUUAGAAAAUGCCACUAGAAAAUGGAGAACUUCUCUCUCGCUCUAUUCAGCAGGUAAACAAAGCUUGCCAGGAUGUGCAGCUGGCCAUGCGAGAGCUGGGCACCGGUCGAGACGCGAUUGCGCGAGACAAACUACGACGCACUCGUCUGCUGAUGCAGCAGUGCAACGACCGUGUAGAGAUUGUCACGAAGGGGGCAGAUUCAUCGCUUGAUGCGCUACAACAGGAGUAUGCGCAAAUAACGACACAGUUCGCGUCUCUGAACGCUGAAGCGACACGGCGAGAACGGCAAACAUUUCGCCAGACAGACCCGGGUAGCUUGCGGGAGGCAGGUCUCGAUGCGCUCGACUCACAAGUUACCUUUAAACAGGUGCAACCAGUUGACUUGUGUGAGUUUCACACCGAGGAGGCCAUCCAGCGCGAGAAGCUGCAGCACGCUCGCGAGAUCGAGUCGGACGUGAUGGAUCUCAAGACGACUUAUCAGGAGUUCCACUCCUUAGUGCAUCAACAGCAAGACGGACUAGACAAAAUGACGAACAACGUGACUGAGUCGAAGUCGCUCAUUGAGCAGGGCCACAAUCAAAUCCAGGGCGCCUCGCGCAGACAGAAGUCGUUUCGCAAAAUAGGCUGCAUUGGCUGUGCGGUGCUUGUUGUUGUCGUCAUCAUUGUUAUUAUUAUCGUAGUGCUGGUCACGAGGUAA